AUGGAAAAAGAUAGAAUAGACGACUCGUCCUUUGUGGUCAUCACAGGCCCACCACAAAAGGACAAGAGCAAAAGAAUCAGUCAUGUUCGUUCCAUGAUUCGAAAGUCUCAGCUUCGACGUGAUGGACAGCUACAAGCUCGUACGAUAGUCAGGAAUAAGUCCCAGGAAGUACAUGUCAAUGGACUAGGGUCCCCCAGCCGAGAGCUGACGUGGAAGAUGGAUUUGCCAUGGCUGACCGUUUCCGAGACUGUGAAUAAGAGGCUGAGAUAUUUUUUCCGCCAAUACAUCGAAUCAAGCGCCUACCUCCACCCAUUCUUCCGCGCCAUGAUUCCUAUCACGGUCCUCCAUCCACCACUCAUGAGCACUAAGCUCGUGAAUGCUACAGCAUGGGACGAUCUCAAUGGACCGAGUCCCGAAAUCAGUGCAUUGACUUUGUUUCAGAGAGACAUUGCCGAGAGUAUGCUUCUGGAUUCCAUAAAGGAGGUGACUGGCCCUAAUGCCAAUGGUGCUAAUAUUGAUGUGACCCUCAUCUCGUCGUUGAGUCUAUUGUCUUUCGAGAUAAUGAACGGUGAUGAAGUCGGAUACCUGCGGCAUAAGAGAAAUAUCCAUCGCUUACUUGAUCUGCGAGGCGGAAUAGAUGGCAUAGAUGUGAGUCUUAAGAUCAGUAUUUUAGUGUAA